GCCAGCUUGAGUUUGCGGAGGCCCAUACUAUUUCCUCGGUACUUAGCUACUCGCACCGAGUCAUAGACUCCCAACGACGGUCAUGUCCUAUCGCAGCAUGGCUUACAACUACGACGUGUACUAUGCGUCUCCUAUGCCGACCAACCAGCAGCUGGGGACACGCUCUGCCUCGGUAUCAUCGAACUCUUCCUCAGCCUCGUACUCGUUACCGUACAGCAACGGCAAUGCCCAUCAUCAUGGCAGCAUCUCGCGAACAAUGUCACCCGCGUCCGGCAUCUCCGACCCGGGAGCAGGCCUCGCGAUGUACUCAAGGGGGCAUUACUCGGGGCCGUCGCACCAGCAUUCACCGGCGUCUCAUCCGGUUCAGCCUACAUCACUGACGAGGGGCCAGUCCCAGUUUCUUCAAGCGCAGGCCGCCCUUGCGUACCCUCUUUGUUCGCCAGCCCCAACUCCAAGACCGGUUUCACGAGCGUCUCCGUACGGCGGCUACCCUGCCGCCACUCUGCCACAACACACAUCUCCCUUGUCCUACCACGCCUAUGCUCCCUUAUAUCCGUCCUUCGCUGUUACGACGGCCUACCAACCUUCGCCAGACCUGGUACCAUACCACACGCCGCCGCUAAGUCACAGUCCGCCCGUGACGCACCACCCAGAAGUCCCAGAGAAGUCUCACUUGCAGCUUCCGGAAAAGGUCAUUAACAAGAUCCGGACGUAUCUCACGUGGGACGACUGCCGCAGGGCAUACCAGGUCUCUCGAUGGUUCAGGGACAACUUCCACCCGAACAUGCUCCCGGAGGACGAGAAGACGGCCGGCUUGCUGAACGAAGAGAAGAACCGCAAGCUCGAGAACUGGUCCGCUUGUUACCACUGCUUCACCUUCAAGGGACUUGAACAUUUCGAGCUGUCACCUUUGCGCGGCAUGACCAAGAAAGACUGCGACGAUGCUGAGCAGUCAAGGACAAGCCUUUCGCCGCCUCACACCCCCGCGCCGCCGACUUCAAACCCACACUACGACCCAAGCCUAACGGGGACGAGCCUCAAGCUCGCGGCUGCAAGAAAGGCUCGCCUCCGCGAUAGCAGCACGUCGAGCGCCGUCACCGGCAGCGGCAGCGGUGGCGAUGGCUCAUACAUGGACCAGCGGAUGAAGGAGACCUGGCGCGUCCGGCGCUUCUGCAUCGAUUGCGGCCUCCGGAAUCGGUGGUACCGUCCCGGCGAUGUGAUCGAGCUUCGCAAGCCCCUCGAGCGCGGACAGGGCUACUGGGUCUGCCGCUGCUGGAAGUUUCACCUGCGCCCUGACGCAGUCAGAUGCGAAGAUUGCAGUGCGCAUAUCCCCCUCUCGACGCGCGCGCGGAGAAGGUGAAAGCGCCUCGGUGGCACCAAUGAAUACGAGUGCAUCAAGAGGCUGGCAAAACACGGGAGAGAGGCUCGGGAUUUAGGGUUUCUUUUUCUCCUUUUUUCCCUCUUUCUUUCCAUUUGAGAGUCCAGCUUCCAUCAACCGAUCAUGUUCGGUAAUCUCUCCUUAAUAAGU